AUGUCUAUCAAGAAGGUUCACGCCAGGCAGAUCUUCGACUCCCGUGGUAACCCCACUGUCGAGGUCGAGGUCACCACUGACAGGGGUCUUUUCCGGGCCGCUGUUCCCUCCGGCGCGUCCACCGGUAUCCACGAGGCUUUGGAGCUCCGUGAUGAGGACAAGAAGAACUACCUCGGCAAGAGUGUUCUGAAGGCCGUCGGAAACGUCAACAACACCAUCGCUGCUGCCCUCACCAAGUCCAACGUCGACAUUACCGACCAGAAGGCCGUUGACAAGCUUCUUUUGGAGCUCGAUGGCACUGACAACAAGGGCAAGCUCGGAGCCAACGCCAUCUUGGGUGUUUCCUUGGCCGUUGCCCGUGCCGGUGCCGCCCAGAAGGGUGUCCCAUUGUACCAGCACAUUGCUGACCUUGCCGGAAAGAAGGGAGACUUCAUCCUCCCCGUUCCCACUUUCAACGUCAUCAACGGAGGAUCUCACGCCGGAAACAAGCUUGCCAUGCAGGAAUUCAUGAUCAUGCCAACCGGUGCCGCGUCGUUCACAGAAGCCAUGAAGAUCGGAAGCGAGGUCUACCACCACCUCAAGUCCGUUAUCAAGAAGAAGUACGGUCAAGAUGCUACCAACGUCGGUGACGAGGGCGGUUUCGCGCCCAACAUUCAGGACAACAGGGAGGGUCUUGAGCUCCUGAAGAUUGCCAUUGAGCAAGCCGGUUACACCGACAAGGUGCAGAUUGCUAUGGAUGUUGCUGCCUCUGAGUUCUUCAAGGAUGGCAAGUACGACCUUGACUUCAAGAACCCCGAGUCUGACAAGUCCAAGUGGCUUUCCGGAGAGGCCCUCGCCGACCUCUACAAGUCCUUCAUCAAGGAGUACCCCAUCGCCUCCAUCGAGGACCCCUUCGACCAGGAUGACUGGGAAUCUUACGCCAAGUUGACCGCUGCCGUCAGCCAACAGAUUGUCGGUGAUGACCUUUUGGUCACCAACCCAAAGAGGAUCAAGACCGCCAUCGAGAAGAAGGCGUGCAAUGCUCUCCUCUUGAAGGUCAACCAGAUCGGCACUGUGACCGAGAGUAUCCAAGCUGCUCUCGACUCCCAAAACGCCGGAUGGGGAGUCAUGGUUUCCCACCGUUCCGGUGAGACCGAGGACACCUUCAUCGCCGACCUCGUUGUCGGUUUGAACGCAGGCCAGAUCAAGACGGGAGCUCCUUGCCGAUCCGAGAGGUUGGCCAAGUACAACCAGCUUCUCAGGAUCGAGGAGGAGCUUGGCUCCCGCGCCAAGUACGCUGGUGCCAACUUCCGUAAGCCCACCGCUUAG